AUGGCCACGACCACGGCACCACUCAUAGCCGACUGGCAGACCCUCGCACAAUCAAAGCGCGAAUCAGUCUUCGCAGCGAUUCCAAAAGACUGGCUCCUUCCUCCCUCUCAAACAUCACAAUAUACAGAAACCUCGUCCAUCUCCGUGUUGGACGUACCACGGACAUGCGGCAUCUUGACGGAGAAAGAGUUGGACAUUACUGAAAACUACGAUGCCACAGAUUUAGUCGGCAUGAUGGCAGAGCGACGCUUGACGAGUACGGAAGUGGUGACGGCGUUUUGUAAGAGAGCGGCUGUCGCACAGCAGUGCGACUCCUUCAACGUCCGCGGCGUCCAAGCAACCCUCGGCUACGUCUCAUUCAUUCCACGGCCCCCAUCAGCAACCAACUCAGCCUUGGUCGACGUUCUCCAUGAACUGGGUGCAGUAUUCUACGUGAAGACAAACCUCCCUCAAACAAUGAUGACAGCAGACUCGCACAACAACAUCUUCGGCCGCACUCUGAACCCCAACAACCUCUCCCACACAGCCGGCGGCUCCACGGGCGGUGAAGGCGCCCUGCUCGCCAUGAAAGGAAGCGUCUUGGGCGUCGCUACCGAUAUCGCGGGCUCGAACCGCAUCCCCGCUAUAUGCUGUGGCGGGUCCUCAUUGAAGCCAACUGCGGGUCGCGUUCCCUUCGCCGGUGGCGUGGCAGUAGGGAGACUCGGGAGCCCCGGGUCAAUCCCCGUGGUGAUUGGUCCUUGUGGUCGUUCCACGCGUGAUUACGAAUUGUUCAUGAAGAGCGUGGUGAGCGCACGACCGUACCGUUUCGACGAGAACUGCCUCAAUGUGCCAUGGCGGAGUGUUGUCUCGCCUUUGGGUGGCAACAAACCCCUCCGCUUCGGCCUGAUCCGUGGCUGUAAAGAACGGCCGCUUCAUCCCCCUGUUGCGCGCGGUCUUCAUACCACUGCUAUGAAACUCAAAGCAGCAGGUCAUGAAAUUGUUUUGCUAGACGACAAGAUACCAGAUCUGUACCGUACAGCGAUGCUAGCGUGGAAGUUCUUUAUGCUUGAUCCAAAGAAAACUCCCUUCCAAUUCAUCAAAGAUAGCGGGGAACCAAUGGUACCCAGUCUAUCUACAAUGUCGUUUCCGGAAUUGGAAGGGUGGCAGGCGACGUUGGACGAGUUGUGGGAUACGAAUGUUGAGAAAGCCAAGAUUGUCAAAAAGUUUCAUCAAUUGGUAAUUGGGGAUGUUAGUGUGAAGGAGGAGGGAGGGGAGAAGGGACUCGACGCCAUUUUAAUGCCUGGGUACCAGGGUGUGGCGCCCAAACACGAUACGUAUGGUCUACCGAUUUAUACGGUGGUGGUGAAUCUGUUGAAUUGGCCGAGUGGGAUAUUGCGCGUGGGUAAGGCGGAGAAGGAAAAGGAUGCGGAGUUUAUGAAAGAAGGAGUGAAGUUUGAACCACCUUAUGACGCGAAUGACUGUGAGGGUUUGCCGACACACGUGCAGGUCGUAGGAAAGAGUAUGAUGGACGAGGAGUUGGUGGAGGUUAUGAAGAUUGUUGAGGGCGUGUUGGGAGACUAG